AUGUCGGCCCCGGCCCACUUGACGGCCGUCUACACUUCGCCCACGGCGACCAACACCUUUUCUUCCCCGCUCAAAUCCACCCCCACCCAACAAGCCUCGCCCUCGGAAAAGUCGCAAUACCUCGGGCAUCUACGCGAAAAGGUCGCCCAACUGCAAGACGACAUUAAUCAAUUCUUGACAAACAAGAUGGACGACGACAAGGCUGCUACCGAGGGCGCUGCAUCCAAGGACGAGGACAUGGAAGACCACAUGUACGGCGAGGAGCUUGUCGAUGAAGAUUGA